GCAGACUUCGCUCGCACGCUUUGCGAACAGCAGUUGUGAGUGACUAAGGCAAGCCGUGCAACUUCCGUAGAUUUUCGUCGAGUGUAAAUUAAAGACGCAGCAGGCGUAGGCUCAGUAUGGUGCUGGUCGGGUCGGGGGACGGUCACGUGCCGGCGGCGCUGCCGGCGGUGCUCAAAGAGUUCACGAAAGCUGCCAUACGCACGCAGCCUCGAGAUCUCCUGGUGUGGGCGCUCUCAUACUUCAAGUGCCUGGUAGACGGGACCGUCCCGCCCGUCAAAGACCGCCUGGAGUUCCCGGUACCGGUCUCGUCCGAGGGCAUCUCGCCCGGCAUACUGAGGGUUCUGCAUCGUCAGCUGAGUGGCCGCAGCCCCGACGGGAUGCUGGAGUGGCCGACGCUGGGGGAGGCGUGCCAGGCGAUGGGUGUCCGGCGUCGCGCGGUCGAGGAGGCCUGGAACCUGACGGAGUCUCCUGACGGGGACGCGGGCAACCGCAAGCCCUGGGACCACCUCCUGUCCCACCUCGCAGGCCGCGGGGCCGCCAGUGUGGUGGAGGCCCUGCAGAGCGUUAUGACGCGGACUUGGACCAGUCGCGUGUGGUUGCCGUCCACCAGGACGGACAGGACUUCCUGACGGAGGUCGCGGAGCAUCAAGGGGGCUACCUCGUACCCAGUGACCUCACCCGCCCCUCCUGCCCUCCUCUGCAGUGACCUCACCCGCCCCUCAUGCCCUCCUCUGCAGUGACCUCACCCGCCCCUCAUGCCCUCCUCUGCAGUAACCUCACCCGCCCCUCAUGCCCUCCUCUGCAGUGACCUCACCCGCCCCUCAUGCCCUCCUCUGCAGUAACCUCACCCGCCCCUCUCUGGGGUGACCGGGUACUCGCGCUACCCUCCGGAGUGGCCUGUCCCUCCUCCGCAUAGACAAGCAAGCAACUCGCACGGCAGUGGCCGCCAAGAAGCAACACACAAAUUGCAACUCGCACAACAUGAAAUAAAUAACGGUAC